CCACCAUCACUACCAGCCGUCGCUCACUUACUCCCCUCUCUCCUUCACUCCCUCACUCUUUUAACCCAUUCAUCAACAAAGAAUAAUCCUCACGCAUCAUUUUUCCCAUUUAAUUCAACGAGGGAAUAAAGCCCACCCCAAUCGAACCCACCCCUCACCACCAACCAACCACCUCGGCAAUAUAAAAAAAAAAAGAGCCACCACUGCAAAAGGGAAACAAAAAUGUCGUCCAACGCCCCAACAGACCCCAAGUCUUCAGAUCACAACACACCCACGGAGAGUCCAACAGCAACAAUUACACCCUCAUCAAAGAACCCCUCCAGCAACCCCACAGAAACCAACCCCAACCCCGCCACAGCGACGACGGCGUCGACAACGACCACCCCGCAACCGGCACAAAUCGCCGAAGACGAAGACGAAGACUCGGACUUCGACGAAUUAGACGACGUCCUCGACAACUUCAACAAACCACAACCAUCCACCGCCGCCGCCGCAGCCGCCAAUGCGCCGACGACCACAUCGCAAAACCCCGAGGACGUCGACCUGGACGAGGAGGCGUUCCUGAAACAACUCGAGAAGGACAUGGCGGAUUUGAUGGGUGGUGGUGGUGGCGGGGCCGGCCCCGCCGACGCGAAGACAGCAGAAAGUGGAAUGCCCGCCGGGUUCGGGGACGAUGAAUCGCUCGAUAAGGACGCGGAGAUGUUCGCCAAGUACCUCGAGGAGAGUGGGGUGUCGGCGGAGGAUUUUCUGAAGCAAUUGGUGGGCGAUAUGAUGAAAGGAGAGAGUAAAGGUGCGGCGGGCAGUAAAGAUCCGGCGGCGGCGGCGGGGACGAGCAGUAAGAAGAAGAACAGCAAGAGCAAGGGGAAGAAGAAGAGCGCUGGUGCUGGUGCUGGUGCUGCUGGCUCAAAUGGCAACGGCGGAGCUACUGCGGCUGGGGAAUCGUCAUCAUCGUCCACUGCUAAGGCUGCGGACGCGAUUCCCGAAACCUUCAAUGAUACCAUCCAGCGGACGAUCGAGCGGAUGAAGGAAUCCGGCGAUAAGGCGACGGCGGCGGCGGAGGAGGACGGCGACGACGCGAAUGACCUAGUGGCGCAGCUGAUCAAGGCGAUCGAGGCCGGAGCGGGCGCCGGCGGCGACGGCGAUGACGCCGACCUCACGAAGAUGUUCAUGGGCAUGAUGGAGCAGCUGUCCAACAAGGAGAUCCUGUAUGAGCCGAUGAAGGAGCUGAACACCAAGUUCGGGCCGUGGAUUGCCGAGAACAAGGCCAGCGGCAAGGUGUCGGACGAGGAAAUGGUGCGCUACGAGAAGCAGGCCGGCGUCGUCGCGCAAAUUGUCGCUAAGUUCGAGGAGGAGGGCUACACGGAUGAGGAUGCCAAGUGUCGCGAGUAUGUCUGGGAGAAGAUGCAGGAGAUGCAAGCCUGUGGUAACCCUCCGGAUGAGUUGAUCUCGGCGCCGAUGAUGGAGGACCUCAUGGGUGGCGGCGGUGCUGGAGCGGGAGCUCCGGACUGUCCGCAGCAAUAGAAGUGUUGCGUUGCGUGUUUUUGAGCAUAGCUGAUGCUGGUAUGUGCUGGAUCGGCUUUUGUUUGCGUAUUGUACAUAUAUCCAUCUGUUUGCGUCUGGCCGAGACAAAUGUCAUGAUGUAGUGGUUUAGCAAUGAGAAAGAGUAUCGC